AUGGAAGGAACGGGACUAGGAGAGUCUUGCAACGAUGCAGGAAGUACAUUUUACACGUCACAACUCAGUCUCUUGUCAAAAUCCAAUGGUUACUGCUUAGAAAUUGGAGAUGGAGUGUAUAGUUCCUACUAUAUGCCUCUAGAAAAUCAGGUUCAAAUUGCUUGUGAAAAGGUGAAGGGAAUGAAGGAACUUCAACAAGGUUACAAUAUAGUAGGUCUUUCACAGGGAAAUAUGGUAGCCAGAGGACUUAUAGAGUUCUGUGAUGAAGCACCUCCAGUCAAUAACUUUAUCUCAAUUGGUGGACCUAAUGCUGGCAUUGCUUCUGGUCCUGCUUGCACUGGUAACCCUUGGUGUGAUGGAGCUGGUGGUAUUUCUGGAAUUGGAAUAUAUUCUGACUAUGUUCAAACUCAUUAUGCUCCUAGUGGCUAUAUCAAGCUUCCAAAUGAUAUUGCUGGAUAUUUAAGAGGUUGUAGAUAUUUGCCUAAGCUUAAUAAUGAAAUUCCUAAUGCAACUAAUCCAAUUUAUAAGGAACGUUUCACUAGCUUGCAGAACCUUGUUCUUAUCAUGUUUGAAAAUGAUGAUGUUAUAACUCCAAAAGAAAGUUCUUGGUUUGGCUUUUAUCAAGAUGGAACCGACUCUCAAAUUUUGCCACCACAACAGACUAAUCUUUAUCUAGAGGAUACGUUUGGAUUACAAACAUUGGAUAAAGCUGGAAAAGUGAAGUUCAUAAAGUUACCAGGAUAUCACUUAGUAAUGGAUAUUCAAGAAAUGCAACAAAAUGUUGUCCCAUAUUUGAUUGAUGGAGCACAAAAGCAUAAAGCUGAUGCUCAAGUGGGACAUUGAUUUUUU